AUGCCAACCCUCCAUAUUGACAGUUUUCGAGAACUAACCCCGUCCUGGGUCGAUGCAAUUCCGAGCAUUCUCGCCGACGAAAUCUUCUCUCUGGCUGGAGAAUGUCGCCUUGUUGAAAGCAAAAACAAGGUUGAUCUCCUCAUAGGGGCAUAUCGCUCAGACGAUGGUGAUCCAUGGCCACUGCCUUCUGUACUUGAGGCAGAGCGCCGCUUACAGCAUCAAGGCGAUGCGGCCAAGCACGAGUAUCUUCCCAUCGAAGGCGAUCCCGUCUAUCUGAGACAAGCUCAGAAGCUCCUGUUGGGCUUGGAUGAUCAGUCUAAGCUCUUUCAGCGACUAGUUUCGGUACAGACUAUUUCAGGGUCUGGUGCUAUCCACAUCGGCGCUGCUUUCUUAUCCCGCCUUCUCAAACCAGGAUGCGUCUGGGUGUCCGAUCCAACUUGGGCACCUCACAUUCUCAUGUUUGAGAGGGCUGGAGAUGUAAUAAUCCUCCAAGUCUGCGCCCACAACCCAACCGGUCUUGACCUCACCCAAGAGCAAUGGAAAAAAGUUGCGGAGAUUUGUGCACGCAAAGGCAUCUUUCCCUUCUUGGACAACGCAUAUCAAGGGUUUGCCACGGGAAAUCCAGAAAGGGACGCCUGGCCCCUCAGAUACUUUGCCAACAUGGCAAACCCUAUUCGAUUCGGUGUUGCACAAUCCUUCUCCAAAAACUUUGGCCUCUAUGGUCAAAGAGCCGGAGCCUUUCAUCUGGUGUUGAAAGAACAAGAUCGCGCCAUUCAGGGAAACAUCCUUCAGCAGCUUCAAUUCAUCAUUCGCACGGAAUAUUCUGCUCCGCCACGAACAGGUAGCACCAUUGUGAAAACAAUCCUCGGUGAUGCGGACCUCAAGGCUCAGUGGUUGACCGAGGUUUCUGCCAUGAGCCAAAGACUGGGCUCGGUCCGAUCAGCACUCCACAACGGCCUAAGAGGUUCCCAGUUGAACAGUGAUUUUGAUCACAUUAUCCAACAGAGUGGCAUGUUUUCAUACACGGGCCUUAGUACCAAAGAGGUGCUUCGUUUACGACAAGAGUUUCACAUUUACUUAUCGUCAUCUGGGAGGAUAUCCAUGGCAGGAUAUUAUGUUACGCGUGCGAUCAGAGAAGUACAGCAAGAUCCAUCUAGCAAAUGA